AUGUCGGGCGCCGAGGUCAUCGGUAUCAUCUCUGGCAUCAUCGCCAUUGUCGACGCCAUGGCGAAGAUCUGCAAUGCCGCCAUCGAUGCCUCAGGCCUCCCAGAAGCCUUCCGCGAUAUUGCGACACGGCUCCCUCUUGUCCGCAAAACCCUCCAGACUGUCUCCAGUAAUCUCAAUAACACCAACCCCGACGAAGAAUAUUGCAAGGCAAUAAAGCCUGUCUUACAGCGCUGCGAGAAUAGGGCAACACAACUAGACACAAUAUUUAAGGGUGUUGUGCCACAGGCUGAUGCUUCGAGAAUGGAGCGAUACGUGCAUGCGGUCCGUAACUUGGGUAAAGGAGACACAGUGGAGACGCUCAUGAAGGGCAUACUGGAGGAUGUCCAACUUUUGACCAGCAAUCGCGUGGCGGAACUGCCCACAGAGACCAGUGUCGCGGCGGUAAUACGGGAGGCAAUAGAAGAAGUGUCAGCAAUCCCGACAUCGUUACCACAAGGCAUUCACUUGUCCGCUACCUGCGAAACCGAACGGGACUCCCUACUCAAAGACCUAAGGUGGACCGAUCCCACCAUCGACAAGCUACGUAUUGAAAGAACCAAGGGGCCUCUAUAUGAAGAUUCGUCCCGCUGGAUUCUCUCCCACCCCAAUUACCAGAAGUGGCGAGACGGUGAAACCAAGCUACUCUGGAUCAAGGGCGGUGCCGGCAAGGGGAAGACGAUGCUGUUGGCCACAAUCAUCAAGCAACUUCAAUCCCGAACCAAACCCGACCACACCGCCACUAGCUCGUCGCUGUCGUUCUUCUUCUGUCAGAAUACUGACGACCGUUUAAACAAUGCAGUCGCCAUCCUGAAAGGGCUUAUAUACCUCUUGCUGAUCCAGGACGUUAAUCUGGUUUUAUACCUUAAGACCGACUACGACCGAAUGGGCAAGGAAAUCUUCGACGUCACUAAAAACGUUAACGCCUUCGACGUACUGUCAAACAUAUUUAGGCAAAUGAUCCAGCACUCGCGGUCGGAAACCGUCUACUUGGCUGUUGACGCUCUCGAUGAAUGCGAAGACGGCCUGCCGGACCUCCUAGGCCUGAUUAGAGACACUGUCAUCCAACAAAACCGCCUGAAGUGGAUCGUGACAAGCCGCAACGGAGUCGACAUUGACGAGGGCCCCGCGCUAGAGAAUCAAGGUGCAAAGUUAAGUCUGGAAGUGAACUCGGAAGCCGUGUCUCAGGCGAUCAAAGCCUACAUCGAGCACAAGGUAGACCAACUCCCGUCGCUUAGAUCCGACCCUACUCAGCGAGAUAAUGUCCAGCAAAAGCUACUCGAGAAGGCUGAGGGUACCUUUUUAUGGGUCGAUUUAAUAUUGCGAUCUAUCCAUAGCGUCUUAGCCGAUGAUGCUGCUCGCCAUAUCGAUGAGAUACCGUCAGGUCUACCCCCGCUUUACGAUAGGAUGAUGGGAGAUAUCGCCAAGUCUAGGAACGGCUACCGGGACGCGUGUCUUACUGUGCUUUCAAUCGCAACUUUAGCGUACCGCCCACUCCACAUUCUCGAGCUCCGAACACUAGCCGGACUCGUAUAUGACACCGCUGAUCUGGAGAAGAUUGUCGACAUGUGCGGUUCCUUUCUUACGCUGGUGGAGAACCACGUUUAUCCGAUUCAUCAGUCGGCCAAGGACUACCUAGUCAGCGACGCCGCGGUCGAUAAGAUUUUCUCGUCUGGGAAACAUGUUGUUCAACUCAACAUCGUCGAGAGAUCCUUGGCCGCGAUGGAGAACGCACUACGGCGAGACGUGUAUCAACUGGUGCAUCCAGGAACACUCAUCCAUGAUAUGAAGGCGCGGCCGCCCGCAAGUGAUCCUUUACUUGGAGUGGGAUACUCCUGUGCAUACUGGAUUGACCACGUUUGUGAAGCGGGCAAGGCCGAGUUACAAGGCUCGCGGCGUUAUCGGCUAAUAAAGACAUUCAGGCAGCAUGCCGCAGGAUCCAAGAGUAUCCGAAUAAGAGAGUUGAUCGAGACGUUCUUCCACCGCCACUUCCUGCAGUGGCUUGAAGCUUUGAGUCUCCUCGGCGAUAUGGCGAACGGAGUUCUCUCUCUUACUAGGCUCAGAACCAUUGUCGGGUUCGAACAACGGAACUAA